AUGAAAGUUGAACGACGGCUGAAGCUGUGGUUUCAAAAUGCAUCUGGAGCUAUUUUAUAUCCUAUUUAUGGGCAAGGGGAACUAUCCCAAGCAUUUUACCGUCGUGCUGCUGUCAAAGGCUGCAUUUAUGUAUUGCGUAUGCCAGUUAUUGCAUUGCUUGUAGAUAAGGAUUCCGGGUGUUACAAGGGUGUUAGAUUAGCUUCAGGUCAGGAUAUAUUCAGCCAGAAACUGAUCAUUGAUCCAACCUUUAAGGCUACAUUGCCAUCAGGCUCAUCCCCACCACCUCCACUUCAAGCAAAGCUUCCAUUUUUCAGUCAGAAGCAUGAUAGAGGAAAGAUAGUGAGGGGAAUAUGCAUCACAACGACUUCUUUGAAGCCCGACAUGUCAAACUUUUUGGUUGUAUAUCCUCCAAGAUCAUUGUUUCCUGAGCAGGUUACUUCCAUCAGACUUCUCCAAAUAGCUAGCAAUUUGGCUGUUUGUCCACCGGGCAUGUUUAUGUUAUAUAUCUCAGCAUUAAGUAAUGAUGACAAUCAAGGGAAGAAAUUAAUUCAUGCAGUCAUGAACACCCUUCUUACAGUUCCUCGUAUAAAUUCUGAAAGUAAUGCUGCAGCUCAAAGUGAGACUGCAGAAAGUAGUUCUACAGGUCCAAGUGAUCCCGGAGAAGGAAAACCUACUCUACUUUGGAGUGCGUUGUAUAGUCAGGAGCUCACUUUGGGUCAAGCUGAUUUUAUCUGUUCCACGCCCAUGCCAGAUGGUAAACUGAACUAUGAUGAUCUCAUAGAUGCGGCUGUCAAGUUAUUCAAGGAGAUUUACCCUGAGGAAGAAUUCUUUCCACAGACAUCCUCAGAGAAUCCUGAGGAUGAUGAUGAUGGUGAUAGUUUUCCGGAGACAUAAAGAUUUGCUAUUGAAGUAUCCAUUCUCUAUUUAAGGAAGUAUCAAAUGAUCAGGAUCUUUUUCCCAAAUUUGUUGUUAUGUAAUGAUCUAUUUGAAGUGAUGAAGUAAAAAAGGAAAGGCCUUCGAUAUCGAUACACUUACAGAUAACUAAACCACUGUUGGCCGGUUUCCCUGUGUAUAAACUUUUGUUGUAUCCAUUUUUUACCAGUUGUAUUUUGGCAAGAUCUUUUGUUACUUUU